CCCAUCCGAAUCAUGAAUCUUCAAAAUUUGUUACUCAAAAUUUAGAGAGGGAGAGAGAGAGGUGUGUGGUUAUGGAGGUAGCGAUGUCUCUGAAUCCAUUGGUGCGACUGCCCUUAUCCUCCAAUGGAAGAAUGCAAUUGCAGGAAGAUUCAGUCAUCAGACACUCACUGUUUUCGACAAGAACACCAUCUUCAACCAAUCAAAAGCCCCACAGACUGAUGGUGGUUGAAGCUAAAGGCAAGAAAGGAAUGGCUUCUCGACAGUACCAGCGGACCCCACCGCCCCCUCUUCCCAAGCUUGAAGAUGAUGGCAACCCCAAGUUUGUUGUCUUCAUUCGCAUGGCUAAUGUUUACCUUUGGUAUCCUCUUAAUAUUGUGACUGGUGGGACAACAGCAAAAAUCAUGGUGGCUGCAAAGGAUAAUUUUCUUGGCAAAUAUAUAUACAAAGACACUCUAGCUAGGAAUCUUGCAGCAGUCAUCUAUAAAGAUGAAAAGGAAAUACAGAAGAUGGCACAGAAACAGUUUCGUGUAUUGCGGUCUGCCACAGAUUUCCGAUACGGCUACAAACUUGUUGAAAAUAACAAUUUGAGGGCCGCGCUUGCUGCAAAUGAUGUAAUCGAGCUUCCCAGACCAGAAGAACUCAAAACUGUUGUUGACAAGGUGAAGGACUUCUUUGGCGACGCCAAAGAAUCUUUCGGGAAGAUUACAUUGUUGGACACGGGAGAUGAUUCGUCAGAAGACGAAGUUACUAAAGAGGCUCCUAAAGAAAAAUCCAAGGAGAAAUCUCCGGUGAAGAGCUGAAUCUACUGUGCCAGAGAAAGAAGUUGAAGACUUCUUUAGUUUUAGAUUUGUUCUUGAAUUAUAACUUUGAGAUGACUUUUCUUGGCAUAUUCACCGUUUGACUUGAUCAGGGAAACAUGCUAUGGUGUUGUGAAUAUUAUAUGGAUUUUGAAUAUAGAAAUCGAAUCAAGUGUGUGAUAUCAUGCUAAAA